AGAAAAUGUCUUAACAAGGUGAACUAAUUUGGGAGGGCAGCAUUUGUAGAUUUCAGUUUUAUAACGUAGAAACCUUGAUACUUGUCAAGUUUCACUGAAAAGUAAAAUCUUCUGUUAUAUCAUUGUUAGAAAUCAGCUUGCUGUACUGGGCAAGAAAUAAACCCACUGUAAUGUUCUGCCAGAUAGCAAACAUGAAAAAAACAAAGUAAGUAUAAUUCUAUGUUGCAAUGCCAUAAAACGCCGGAAACUACUCAAAUGAUUUUUGUGACCAGUUGUUUUAUUGUUAAUUGUUAUGGGAUUGAAUUCAACAUUUUAUUACAUUACUCAUAACCAUGGUUUUGUGCGGUCCAGUUUAUUGCGUUAAAAUAUUUUUUGUAACAAUUUUGAUGUGUCCAAAGCCAUCACGUCUGGGUGCUCCGAUCGGCAAACAGCAAGAAUACUUUCACGCUGUCAGAAAAUCUUUGAACGAGGUUAAUGACCCAUCUGAUAUGAAGCUAGUUCCUGCUCACUGGUCCACUGACAUCAUCCAGAAUGAUCAGGGGGAUGAGAAGUUCCUAGGUGUCGACGACGAACCCGGUUUUGAUUUGUCUGAUGAAGAAAUUAGAAAGUUAAAAUUAUGGCCUCAAGGGGUUAUUCCCUAUUACAUCGAUGUCAUUUCUUUUAAUGACAAAGUACUCCGCGACCGAAUCCGUCUUUUUCUCAACGUGAUCAACAGUGUGACGCGAAUUAGUUUCCUGGAGAUGCCAAGUCCGCCGAAGGACGAGGUGACACGCUGGGUGUUCUUCGUUAACCGUCGAGGUCAACUGGGCUGUGGCGACCAUUCGAUCCUGAAUCUUACCAACGAAGGAGUUCAACCUGUCAUCUUGGGCUACGACUGCAUGUCUACGGGGGGCGAGCUGGCAGAAGCUGUGUUGUCGAUAGCUGGGAUCCCACCGCAGCACAACGCUCCGAAUCGUGACGAGUACAUCAAAGUGAUCGACGAUAAUAUCUUACCGGAGAAAAAGUAUUUGUUUCAAAAACUCAAUCACGAUCAGUGGUUGUUCUACGACAUCAAAUACGACUUUUCGAGUGCUGGGCAUUUCCAUUACCACAAACAUUCAGUAAAUGGACGAGCUACGAUCUUGACCCAGCCACUGUACAAUGGAAUAUCGAUGGGUGAGAACAACGGUUUUACAAUCAGCGAUAUAGUGAAACUAAGAAUGCUGUACAACUACAUUGUGAGGAAAAAAGUAAAUAUAGUGUCACAAUGUAACCGACUAUUUAUGCCAUCGUCGAUAGCAGGUUUCAAAAAGAGAAAACCGAAUUUUCUGGAUAAACUACCCAGAAACAAGCCACACCAAUACUUAGGACUUUCAAAAGAGCGUGCAGAAACCGAAGACAGUCAAGGCAAAAACGCUAAUGAGGACACGACGGAAGAGAAAAGUAAUUAUAGUUACAAUGAUGAUUAUACUCAUGAAUCAGGUGAUGUAGGAAAAAAAACUACAGUAAAUGCAGAACACGAAAAAUUGGGAAUUUCAAUCCUUUCGGACAUGCAUCCAAAAGAAAGAACUGAAAUUAUAGAAGAGAUAAUUAAAGUAGUAACGGAAAUAACGAAAGGGAUUCCAAAACUACAGAACAUAAGUCAUUAUUUUUCGAAUAAAAUACAACAGUUCCCUUUCAAGGCAGACAAAUUGAAAGAAGAGCCCGGACAAAAAAAAAUGAGCUACACUAUUCCAGUCGACGUUCAUUCAGAAAACAAAACAAAAAUGACGGAAGAAGUAUUUACAAUGCUGAUGGAUUCACCAAAAUGGCUUUCUAAAUUACCAAAAACAGAGCGUUAUUUGAAAAAAAUAUUAAAAAACCCAUCGAAAGAGAUGUUCAUGAAACUUAAAACACUACCCAAAGCGAAUAUGAAUGCGGAAGCGAAAAUGAAAUUUAAGAUAACAGGAAAAGUGGAAGAUCUCGUACACGCGUUUAAAGAAGAGUUAAAAAACUCAAUAGUAAAAGCGGCUGUGAAAGUUGGAGUGCAAAAAAUGUAGUGAUAAAGAUUUUCCAAAGAAAGAAAAAAUAUAAAAAAUAAACAAUUGAAAAACAAGCGUUUGCUGUAUCAAGUCCACUAAGGAAGAGACUGUGCAAGUUUCAGAAACCAAAAAACAAUAAGCGCUAUGAAUGUAGGUACAGUUUGUAACAUUAUACAUAACUAGCUGUUGCCCGCGACUUCGUCCCCGUGGGUAGAAGAUAUAA